GCUGAGUCCUCUGACGGCCCCAGCCAGGGAAUUUCAAUUUGAAACCCAGCGAAGGGAGGAGGCGGGUGCGGCGGUCGGGCGGCUGGGGCCGGAGCUGGACCAGUCCCCGCAGCGAGCGAGCCCCAGAGGUGCAGUGUCCGGGUCCCAUCUCCAAAUAAUCCUCACAUUGAGAGUUAGUGCUUCAGCAUAUGAAUUUGGAGACACGAUUCAGGAGCUACAGGGGUGACCGGAGAUUCCUGAAUGCGUGCUAGACAUCUGCCAUUGGCACUGGCACCGGAUCCAGUGCUGCACUACACGUCAGGAGUUCUGAUGCUUCCAGAUUCUGUGGACUGAUACAUUUCAGAAGAAGCAUAAGCUGUAACCAUGACCACGGAAGUAGGCUCCACGUCUGAAGUGAAGAAGGACCCUGAACAGUUAGGAGCAGAUGCAGAUACAGCCAAGGAGAAAUCUAAAGAAGCAGCGGAAAAUCAGCAGAACCAGUCCUCCUCUGGAUCGGAGGAGGAAAAAGGUUCCCAAUCACCUCCUGCAGCUGAAAGCCAAAGUAGUCCACGCCGCCAGAAGAGAGAGAAGGAUUCAUCGGAGAGCAGGGGGAUUUCUCGGUUCAUACCCCCGUGGCUCAAGAAACAGAAGUCCUAUACUUUAGUCGUGGCCAAAGAUGGAGGAGAUAAAAAAGAGCCUACCCAAGCUGUUGCCGAGGAGAUUUUAGAUAAAGAAGAAUCUCUUCCCGAAGGAGAGAGGGAGGCCAAGGGUGAUGCUGGAGAAACCGCUCAGAGAAAACAGGAGAUUAAAGCUGAUGUCAAGGAAGAGAAGCCUUCAGUGAGUGGUCCUGUGGCCCAGCCUGCUGAAGAAGUAAAUAAGGAGAGAGAAGAGAAGGCUAAGGAAAUACAGGAAGACAAAUCAGAAGAAGCAAAACGGGAGACCAAGGAGGUGCAGACCAAUGAGCUAAAAUCAGAGAAGGCUGCUCAGAAAGCCACCAAGAAGGCCAAAACAGUCCAGUGUAAAGUGACCCUCCUGGAUGGCACCGAGUACAGCUGUGACCUGGAGAAACGUGCGAAGGGACAAGUGCUGUUUGACAAAGUGUGUGAACAUCUCAAUCUCUUGGAAAAGGACUACUUUGGACUUUUAUUUCAGGAAAGCCCUGAACAGAAAAACUGGCUAGAUCCUGCAAAAGAAAUAAAGAGACAGCUACGAAAUCUUCCUUGGCUGUUCACCUUUAAUGUGAAGUUUUAUCCUCCUGAUCCUUCUCAACUGACUGAAGAUAUCACCAGAUACUUCUUGUGCCUUCAGCUCCGGCAGGACAUUGCCUCUGGCCGCCUGCCCUGCUCUUUUGUGACUCAUGCCCUCCUGGGCUCUUACACACUGCAAGCUGAACUUGGGGACUAUGACCCAGAAGAGCAUGGCAGCAGUGACCUCACUGACUUCCAGUUCGCCCCCACACAGACCAGGGAGCUGGAAGAGAAGGUGGCAGAGCUGCAUAAAACGCACAGGGGCUUAUCUCCAGCACAAGCCGAUUCUCAGUUCUUAGAAAAUGCAAAGAGGCUCUCCAUGUAUGGUGUUGACCUACAUCAUGCCAAGGACUCAGAAGGUGUGGACAUCAAGCUGGGUGUGUGCGCUAACGGGCUUCUCAUUUACAAAGACAGACUGAGAAUCAAUCGUUUUGCUUGGCCGAAAAUCUUGAAAAUUUCCUAUAAGCGCAGUAACUUCUACAUUAAAGUUAGGCCCGCAGAGCUCGAACAAUUUGAGAGCACCAUUGGCUUCAAACUGCCAAACCAUCGGGCAGCAAAAAGGCUAUGGAAAGUGUGCGUGGAACAUCAUACUUUCUACAGACUUGUGUCUCCAGAACAGCCACCGAAGGCCAAGUUCCUGACCCUGGGGUCCAAAUUCCGCUACAGCGGCCGCACCCAAGCCCAGACCCGCCAGGCAAGCACCCUCAUUGACAGGCCAGCGCCACACUUUGAGCGCACCUCUAGCAAACGGGUCUCCAGGAGUCUAGAUGGAGCUCCAGUUGGUGUUGUCGAUCAAAGUCUUAUGAAGGAGUUUCCUGGCCCUGCUGGGGAGGUCUCAGCAUAUGGCCCCGGAGCUGUCAGCCCCGCCAUGGUUCAGGAUGGCGAUGGCAGAAGGGACCUCAGGAGCCCAGCUAAAAUCCCACAUGUGCAAUUCAUUGAAGGAAAGAAAAAUUCCCUGAGAGUAGAAGGGGAUAAUAUUUAUGUCAGACAUAGCAAUUUAAUGUUGGAGGACCUCGAUAAGGCCCAGGAGGACAUACUGAGACAUCAGGCUAGCAUUAGUGAACUCAAGCGCAAUUUUAUGGAAUCCACACCUGAGCCGCGCCCUAAUGAAUGGGAAAAACGACGUAUCACACCUCUGUCCCUACAGACACAAGGGAGCAAAGGAGAACAUCUUUUCAAGGAUAUUUUAUCCGUGAAGGAGAAGCAUCAGAUGGCGGCAACACGGACAGUUGAAGAAAAAGUCCAGGAGGCAGACAAGAAACGCGCUCCCGAGUCAGAAGGGCCUUGCGCUGGAGCCAGUGAUGCUGUUAAGAGUUCACAUGAGACUCUGAAUGUAGUGGAGGAGAAGCAGCAGGCAGAGGUUGGGAAAGACGAAAGAGUAAUCACAGAAGAAACGAACGGUAAAGAGCUAUCACCUGGGAGUGGUCCUGGGGAGACCCGUAAGGUGGAGCCUCUGACGCAAAAGGACUCCACCUCCCUGUCUUCUGAGAGCAGCAGCGGCAGCGAGAGCGAGGAGGAGGAAGACGUGGGCGAGUACCGGCCCCACCACCGUGUGACCCAGGGCACCAUCAGGGAAGAGCAGGAGGAGUAUGACGAAGAGGUGGAGGAAGAAGCCGGCCGAGCAGCUAAGGUAGUAGAGAGGGAGGACCCAGUGCCAGAAGCCAGCCCAGUCAGACAAGCAGGUGCCAGUGUAAGCGCAGUAGACACAGUGACCCGGGAGAAUGUAGUUGCCCCAAAGCUAUCUGCAGAGAAGAGUGUACACGAAGGCGCUAUUAAACAAGACAUGAGCGAAGAACCCGAGGACGAGCAACACAAAGUUAACGGAGAGGUGUCUCAUGUUGACAUUGAUGUUUUGCCACAAGUUAUUUGUUGUUCAGAGCCACCAGUGGUUAAAACAGAGAUGGUAACAAUUUCUGAUGCCUCCCAAAGGACAGAAAUCUCCACCAAGGAAGUCCCUAUUGUCCAAACUGAGACCAAAACCAUCACAUAUGAGUCUCCACAGAUUGAUGGCGGGGCUGGUGGUGACUCGGGGACGUUACUGACGGCACAGACCAUCACAUCCGAGUCCGUGUCGACGACGACGACGACACACAUCACCAAGACUGUGAAAGGUGGAAUAUCUGAAACACGAAUUGAGAAACGCAUCGUGAUCACUGGAGAUGCGGACAUUGAUCAUGACCAGGCGCUGGCCCAGGCCAUCAGGGAAGCCAGAGAGCAGCACCCCGACAUGUCGGUCACAAGAGUGGUGGUGCACAAAGAAACGGAGUUGGAAGAAGGGGAGGAGUAAGUAAGACAUGCAUUUUCUAAACAACAUUCAACUUCGUGAACCUGAAGAAUUUUGACCAUUCCAAGUCUUAAUGCCACACCACUACUCCAGCGAAUUUGUACUAUGACUGGUAACCGUGACCAGGAGCCUGAAGAAUUAAAAUGCCAACAACCAAACCUUACCUUAACAGCUCUGGUCUAUACUGUUCCCUCGCAUUUUAAUACAAUGUUUUGUUUUAUAACCACUUCUAAAUAUUCUUGAUGAUUAUUAUUUUUUUUAAUUAGGGAGUUUUGUUUUUGUUUCCCGUUUACUUUGUGUACAACUACCCGCUUUUUAAUCACUCCUGUUGAUCCAAUGAGAGUGAACAAAGCCAGCCCCGGCUGGUGAGGUGUUUGUUCACUUGACCAGGUGCUGUUGUGUGGAAAGGAAACUCGGUGACUAAUUUCAGUAGCAUCUUUCCUAUCUUCCAGACUCUUCCCGUCGAAAUCUCACAGUACAUAUCUACAGAUUUUUCAGACUGCAGUCAAUAUCCUGUACGAGAAAACAUUAAUACAGAUUAAAAGCAUUUCUUACAUCUUGAAAAUUUUCUAAUGUUUGAGAAUUUCAUUGGGGAUAUUUUUUAUAUUGAACCCCGUUGACUUUCCAGUCCUCUGACUUUGUGCUGAAAAGUCCAAAGUCAGAGAAUGUCCAGACUGGAGAUCACAAAGAAGUUCACUGACCACGCACUGUGUUUAGAGACCCUGUCACACCACAGUGCCAAUGCUUCUCAGACACGUGCCCUUCGGCAGCAUUCCAGAAACAGGAGGGGAGGAGGAGGAGAAAAUCGUUGCUUCCCUUCUGCUAAGAUAUUCAGGCAGCUUAAAACCUUAGUGCUUUCUUUCUUAACAUGUCCAAAUUUCAAUACUUUCCAUUAUUUGAACACACUUGUGUAGAACACUUGUUUUGUAUUAAACCUCCUUGUCUACUUGUAAAACUGACCUUUUGUUACAGAGCAGGUGUAUCUGUUUCAGAUAGUUGAAUGAUUCACACAAGGUUGAGGACGCCGGGGAGAGGAGUACGGGCUGUGGUGGUGUUUUUGAUGGUUGUGAGGAAGCUGUACCAUUUACCAGCGGACACCAGAGACCUGAUAGGGACCCAUUAACUGUAUUGAACGUUUUUUCCUUUGCUUUUGACCCUUUGUAUAGUUACAAUGCCAGAUUAGAUUUAUAGCAGCUUCAAGUUGUAUUAAAUGAUAUUUUGCUUUCCAUAAUACUGUUAUAAAAUAAAGUUUGUUUAUUCUCUGAA